AUGACAUGGACAGACAGGACACAUGUUCUCCAGCUCGUCACCGACGUCCGCUCCCCGCACAACCACAUCCGCGUCGCCGACGUGUCCCCGUGCGCCGCGGGCCACCCGCUGGCCGGCGCCCGCCUCCUCCUCCUCCUCGACGACCCCGGCAACAUCCACUCCCUCUCGUUCCCCCGCUGCGCCCGCCGUUGCCCGCUCACCGCCACCUACCUCGACGCCUUCGCCACGCUCCCGCAGCUCCUCCCGCGCCGUCCUCGGCUUCGGCGCCGGCUCCGUGGCCCGCGCGCUCCUCCACUUCCACCGGACCUCUCCGUGCACGGCUGGGAGCUCGACCCCGCCGUCCUGGCCGUCGCCCGCGACUUCUUCGGCCUUGCCGAGCUCAAGAAGGACCACGCGGCGCGCCUGUCCGUGCACGUCGGCGAGCCGAGCUCGAGAAGGACCACAUGGCGCCGGAAUUGA